AUGGCGGCCCAUAACCAGACAUCAGCACUAAAGGUGAUGGAUAACCAUGCGGAUCGGAAGCACAUCAGCCUGAGUUGUCUCUCAAAUGAACUUCUGUUUCGUAUAUUUCGGCAUUUCGAAGCCUCAGACGACGAGAGUCCAGAUCUCGCAAAUACGAAGACUCUGUGUGCCCUCUGCAAAGUAUCUACUAGGGUGCAUCUAAUAGCACAGGACUUACUGUAUCGGCAUUGUUGGUUAUACUUCGAUGUCCCAGAUAGCGAUAAACGAGUGCGAGACGCUGCUCGAUUUUCGGACGUCAAUAGCUUCAUUCGCACGCUUGCAUGGCGGCCUCAACUAUAUCGACUGGUCCGCAGUGUACAUUGUCGGCUUGCCGAUGUAUUUGCAGAGGGCUGGACUGCUGUCAACGACCUACUCGCUCAACUGCCCAAUAUCAGAUUUGUCACACUGGAAAGUACGUACAUGUGGUCCACGCCCCGACCGGGCGUUCAAAAAGCCUACAUGCCGGACUUCCUUGCGGUUAAUCCAGCACCGAUGUUAGAUACGUUUCAGAUCACAGGCGGGAUCACGGAUAUGAGUGGGUUUCUGAGACUCAUGACCACCGGGACGAUCCAAUCUUUGAUAAUGCAUGACUUCUCGGCCACUCAUGUGCCACAAGCUUGCCGUAACAUGCAGGACAGCACCCACCUUCCGAGCCUUACCAUCAGACGUACUCGGCUGGCUGUAAACGUCUUGCAUGCGCUCAUUUCACGCACGCCCUACUUGAAGCAUUUGAUUGUCGAUAACGCGUUCUGGCACGAGCCUGUGGCUUAUGAGACAGCUCGACCAAGGCGAUCACGGGAGUGGAGACCUUCACUGAUAUACGUGGCAAUAGCUCAGGUUCGAGAUACUCUUGAGACGUUGACGAUUAGCGAGACUGUGGGGAACUGGAAUCAUCGAGAGUCGUACUCGAUGAAUUUUCAGGAUUUCAGUCGAUUGAGACGCCUUAGUGUCACGUCCAUUUGUUUCUUCGGCUUCGAAACCGUGUACUUUGCAGUGCCAUCCGCAUCAUCACACUGUUCACUACGCGUGCCCCGUGGAAGGGAGAAAAGGGGAUUCUGGGCUCUGUUGCCACCUCAUCUCGAAUCUCUCACACUUCAAUUCCCGCAUAGCACUGGAAUGUUUUACGACGACUUUUCUGGGGCUGAAGAUUUCUAUGGUCGAGAUUCCCAACCAGUGGAAGAGUAUGAAUGGGUCGAAGAGAUCGCCGCCCAUAAGACUUCUCACGUUCCGUGCCUCAAAGAAAUUCGCCUACUUGAGCUACCACUUGGAUAUGAGACGGGGCUUUCACAUAGCUGGGUCCAGCCGUAUUCGGUACAAAGGGCGUAUGCGGAGCACCACAUUGAGCUUGAGGUCAAGCUACGGACUUAUCCGAAGCCUUUGGGGUGA